AUGUUCUUUGAUGAUUGUGCAUCAAAACGAGCAUUUGAUAACCCACCAUCAGAUGAUUCUGACUUUGAUGAUGAUGAGGAUCCGGACAACUUGGAAGUACCAGGAGGUGGAAAAACUUUGGCUGCAGCAGCGCGCAUUGUAGACAAGAAGCCAACUCCACCAGUCAUCAUCAGACCUACCACUAAUCCCCUUGCUGCGCCAUCUGGAUUGGCUUUUGGUCAGGCAUCGAAUGUGAAACCCAUAAGGAUACCUGCUAACUCUCUCACUAAACCCAUAAGUCUGGGAAUUGGAAGAGGAGCUGCGGGGAUGCCCGGUACGUCCACCUUCAAUGCGGCCUCGUUGCUCGCACAGAUGGAAAUGGCGGGAAUGCAAGGCAUGAAUGCUUAUCUGCUACAAAACUUGAACCAGAUAUUAACAUCUGGAAUGGGCGCUCCGUUGGCAAAUAUGUUAGGACUGGGAUCUCCUUGGUUAAAUAAACCUGCGUGGUCAAUGGAUAAGGGACCCGGAGGUGACGAAGAAGAAGUUGACGAUGAAGAGAUGGGCGUUGCGGAAACUUACGCCGACUAUAUGCCUACUAAAUUGAAACUUGGCCGGAAGCAUCCGGAUCCAGUGGUCGAAACAGCGUCUCUGUCAUCCGUUGAGCCGGUAGACGUAACUUAUAAACCACAGCUUCCCGAUGAGACGAUCCGUGGCGGUUUGUUAUCCGCUUUGCAACUUGAAGCGGUUGUAUAUGCGUCACAGGCACAGGAGCAUAUGCUUCCAGAUGGCACGCGUGCUGGGUUUCUUAUUGGUGACGGUGCUGGUGUUGGAAAGGGUCGUACAAUAGCCGGAAUCAUAUUUGAAAAUUUUCUUCGUGGACGGAAACGAGCCAUUUGGGUAUCUGUAUCUAACGACCUCAAGUACGAUGCAGAAAGGGACCUUAGAGAUAUUGGUGCUUCCUUUAUUGAAGUGCACUCACUUAGUAAGUUCAAAUACGCUAAAAUAUCGUCCGGCAUAAACGGCAACGUGAAAAAGGGCGUGGUAUUUUGUACGUACUCGGCGCUUAUUGGAGAGACGCACGCAAACACCAAAUACCGCACUAGGCUAAAGCAGCUGUUGCAGUGGUGUGGGGAAGAUUUUGACGGACUUAUUGUGUUCGACGAAUGUCACAAGGCAAAGAAUCUCUGUCCCGUCGGGUCUGGUAAAGCGACCAAAACAGGUUUAACAGCGUUAGAGCUCCAGAAUAAAUUGCCCAAAGCCCGGGUGGUUUAUGCUUCAGCUACUGGGGCCUCAGAGCCGAGGAACAUGGCAUAUAUGGUCCGACUUGGCAUUUGGGGGGAGGGGACUCCGUUCCCUACCUUUAUGGACUUUAUCAACGCUGUUGAGAAACGCGGGGUGGGAGCUAUGGAGAUAGUGGCUAUGGAUAUGAAAAUGAGGGGAAUGUAUAUCGCAAGGCAGCUCUCUUUUCACGGGGUGUCGUUCAAGAUUGAGGAGGUACCGCUUUGCGAGUCUUUCAAGGAGACAUAUGAUAAGGCUGUGGCGUUGUGGGUGGAGGCAAUGCAACGUUUUACUGAGGCAGCAGAGCUGAUAGACGCCGAAGCCCGGAUGAAGAAAACAAUGUGGGGACAGUUCUGGUCGGCGCAUCAGAGGUUCUUCAAGUACCUGUGUAUUGCUUCUAAGGUGAACCACGCGGUGAUAACAGCCCGAGAAGCGGUUAAAUGCGGCAAAUGUGUGGUGAUCGGUCUUCAGUCAACUGGCGAAGCGCGUACGUUGGAGCAACUCGAACGAGACGAUGGCGAACUUAGCGAUUUCGUGUCAACUGCCAAGUGA